AUGGCUUCUCAAAUAAUUGGCAAAUUUAAACAACUCGAUGCGUAUGCUAAAACAUUAGAAGACUUUAGAGUUAAAACAGCGACUGGUGCAAUAAUUACAGUAACGGGUGCGUUUGUAAUGAUUUUACUGAUACUUUCCGAGUUGCAUACAUAUAUGUCCCCUAAUAUAUCAGAAGAGCUGUUUGUGGACACUUCAAGAGGUCAUAAAUUAAGGAUCAAUUUUGAUAUUGUAGUUCCAAGGAUAUCCUGUGAUUAUUUGGUAUUGGAUGCUAUGGAUUCAUCGGGUGAACAACAUCUUCAAAUGGACCACAAUGUACAUAAAAGAAGAUUAGAUUUGGAUGGUGUUCCUAUACAAGAACCAGUAAAGGAAGACAUAUCUCUUUCUUCAACAGUUAAACAAAAUAAUUCAGAAAUAGCCGUUGUUACAUGUGGGAGUUGUUAUGGAGCCGCCUUUAAUGAUUCACAAUGUUGUAAUACUUGCGAAGAUGUUAAAGAAGCAUAUAGAUUAAGACGAUGGGCUCUGCCAGAUCUAGCAACUGUAGAACAAUGUAAGGAUGAUGAUUCAUUAGAACGAACUAAUCUAGCUCUCAAAGAAGGUUGUCAGAUCUAUGGUUAUAUGGAAGUAAAUAGGGUUGGAGGAAGUUUUCACAUAGCACCAGGUAAAAGUUUCACAAUCAAUCAUGUGCAUGUACAUGAUGUCCAGCCGUUCUCUUCAUCUGUUUUUAACACAACCCAUAUUAUAAGGCAUCUAUCCUUUGGUUCAGACAUUGAAAGUGGAAAUACAGCACCUUUGGAUGGAAUAACGGGUUUAGCCAAAGAAGGUGCUGUUAUGUUUCAGUAUUAUUUAAAAAUAGUUCCAACUAUGUAUGUAAAACUGGAUGGUAGCAUUUUACAUACAAAUCAGUUUUCUGUGACAAGACACCAGAAGUCAGUAUCCAAUAUAAAUGUUGAAUCUGGAAUGCCAGGUGCAUUCUUCAGUUACGAAUUGUCACCACUCAUGGUUAAAUAUACAGCAAAAGAAAGGUCUAUAGGCCACUUUGCCACAAAUGUCUGUGCAAUUGUGGGUGGAGUGUUCACUGUUGCUGGAAUUUUUGAUACCCUACUGUAUCACUCACUUAAUGCAUUUCAAAACAAAGUCGUCCUUGGUAAAGCUGGUUAA